CAUAUAACACAUGCGCAGAGGCAGGGACCAGCCAUUGAGCAGCAGCGGCGAAGGGUCGAGUGAGCGGCGUGAGGAAUCGCAGCGGCUGAAAUCCUUCACUCUCCCGGUCAGCAGCGCAGGAUGAUUAUCCCGGUCCGGUGCUUCACUUGCGGCAAAGUUGUGGGCAACAAGUGGGAGGCUUACCUGGGGCUGCUGCAGGCGGAGUACACGGAGGGUGAUGCGCUAGAUGCGCUGGGCCUGAAACGUUACUGCUGCAGACGCAUGCUACUGUCUCACGUGGACCUGAUUGAAAAACUCUUGAACUACGCACCUCUGGAGAAGUGAUGGUUUUGGAAUGUGGCGAUGGAAAACAUUAGUCAAACCUUCUCUGGUUUGAUGGCAGGACUCUUGCAUGUGGAUCUGAAUCAUCUGCUCAAUCCAUGUUUUUAGGACUGGAAGAGAACAUUUUUUUUCAUUUUGUGGUCUGUCUUGUGAAUAAAAUGGGGAUUUGACUCAUUAAA